CAGUACUUCCCUCGGGGGAGAGAAAGACCACGGUGAAGAGGGCUCUGAAGAGUCGGCAUAUGCAGCUCAUCUCCAUUGGUGGCGUUAUUGGAACAGGUCUCUUCAUUGGGUCGGGUCAAGCACUGGUCAUGGCAGGCCCUCUGUCAUGUCUGAUCGCGUACAGCACAUAUUGCUUCAUCGUUUGGUGCAUUACACAAACAACAGGAGAACUUGCAACCCUUCUCCCUAUUACUGGAUCCUUCAUAACUUGGGCCCAUCGUUUCGUUGAUCCUGCCGCUGGUGUCACUACUGGUUGGAACAACGUCUACGCUUGUAUCGCAUUUGCAUGUGCAGAUAUCACAGCAGUAACGGGCCUAUUUCAGUACUGGCUACCCGACUCUUCCCCAGCAAUCUGGGUCUCGUACUGUCUCGUCGUCAUCUUCAUCCUCAACGCAUUCGCGGUCAAAGUAUAUGGCGAGGCGGAGUUCUACUUCGCCUCUGGAAAAGUCAUUCUCAUUGUCGGCUUCAUCGUGUUUACGUUCAUCGCCAUGCUUGGCGGCAAUCCCCACCACGACAGGAUCGGAUUUAGGUACUGGAAGGACCCCGGUCCCAUGGCAGAGUAUCUCGUAGAUGGCGCCCUUGGCCGUUUCCUCGGCUUCUGGGGAGUCUUCAACUUCGCCGCUUUCUCGAUCGGAGGGCCCGAGUUUAUUGCUAUGUGCUCGUCUGAGGCGGAGCGUCCGAGAGCGACGAUCCCGAAAGCCAUCAGGAGAGUCUUCUGGCGUUUGGCUACAUUCUACGUCCUCGGUAUCUUCUGUGUUGGUAUUCUCAUCGCAUACAACGAUGAGGAUUUGAUCAACGGUAUUGCGACCGGAACCGCUGUCGAUGCCUCUCCCUUCGUCAUUGGUAUGCAACACCUAGGUAUUACCGUGCUUCCACAUAUCAUCAACGCUGUGAUCAUCACCUCCGCCACUUCGUGCUCCAAUUCCUUUGUCUACGUCGCCUCUCGCUCCCUGCACUCGCUCGCGGUAAACGGCCAGGCUCCACGGAUACUGAGUUAUACGACGAAGAGCGGCGUGCCAAUGAAUGCGUUAUUAUUCAUUCUGGGGAUCUGCUGUUUGAGCUACAUGACCGUCAACUCCGGUUCCGCCAUCGUCUUUGGCUGGUUCGUCAACCUGGCAUCCGUUGCUUCCCUCAUCAACUACAGUUGGAUGUGCCUCACCUGGAUUCAAUUCAACCGAGGCUUGAAGGCACAGGGGAUAGAGAGAGCGUCACUUCCAUUUAAGGGGAAGUUUGUGCCGUAUGCGGCUUGGGUCGGUCUGAUCGGUUGUCUUGUACUCACUAUCACGAAUGGAUUCGCUUGCUUCAUCAAGAUAGACGGUGACUUCGAUAUCGAGUCCUUCUUCACCGCCUACUUCGGAAUCGUCUUCUCCGCUGUCAUCUACUGCGGCUGGAAGUUCUUCAAGCCCGGCGAUCAAAGCUAUCGCAAGCCAGAGGAGAUGGACAUAUUCGGUGGGACGGAAGAGAUUGAGGAGGAUGAGAAGUGGUGGCAGGAGAACUAUGUGCCGCCUACUUCGUGGUGGGGGAGGUUUAUGGAUUGGUUGUUGUAG